CCAAUGUCGACUUACAAUGAAACAGUGAAGACUGAAAAAGACGAAGAAGAAGAGGAGAAGGAGCAACAAUGUGACUGGCUGCUGGAAAACCCCAUGUCUCUGGCCCAGAUGAAGAGGGUAUCAGUGGUGCUGGUGGACUGCUGUAGACCACAAGGACGACGAGGGAAGGAGGAGGAGAUGCAGACGCUGAGCAACAGAGAUGCACAUCAGAUCGAGACCAGUGUACCGGAACACCAACAUGUAAUGCAACAGAAGAUUCAUGGACAGAAUACCGAACUCAACCUGCAGCUCAAAGGAAGGCCCCCACCGCACUGUCUGCAGGAAGAGUUUCACAGCCCUGAGAGAACUUGAGAAACACCAAACUCGCUCAGAAAAUGAGAAGCCUUGCAAAAAGCCACAUAAAUAUUCUGAUUGUGAAAAAGCAUUUACAACAUCCUCAAGGAAGCCUCAUAAAUGUGCCCAGUGUGGAAAAGCUUUUAUAACCUCCGCAAAUCUCAAACGUCACAUGCUUACACAUAUUGGAGAAAAGCUUCAUAAAUGUGUCCAGUGUGGAAAAGCUUUUUCAGUAAUGUCUAGUCUUAAACGCCACAUGCUAGUACACACUGGAGAGAAGCCUCAUAAAUGUAAUCAGUGCGGAAAAGCAUUUUCACAAAUUACAAAUCUUAAAACUCAUGUACUGAUACACACUGGAGAAAAAGCAUUUAUAUCUUCCAAUGAUCUUUAUCGCCACAUGCUUACACAUACUGGAGAGAAGCCUCAUAAAUGUGUCCAGUGUGGAAAAGCUUUUAAAAAAUCGUCAAACCUUAAACGUCAUAUGGUAGUACACACUGGAGAGAGGCAUCAUCAAUGUUCCCAGUGUGGAAAAGCAUUUAUAUCUUCCAAUGAUCUUUAUCGCCACAUGCUUACACAUACUGGAGAGAAGCCUCAUAAAUGUGUCCAGUGUGGAAAAGGCUUUUCACAAAGUUCUUCUCUUAGAACCCACAUUCUGAUACACACUGAAGAGAAGCCUCAUAAAUGUUCCCAGUGUGGAAAAUCAUUUAUAUCUUCCAACGAUCUUUAUCGCCACAUGCUUACACAUACUGGAGAGAAGCCUCAUAAAUGUGUCCUGUGUGGUAAAUCAUUUAUAUCUUCCAACGAUCUUCAUCGCCACAUUCUGAUACACACUGGAGAAAAGCCUCAUAAAUGUGUCCAGUGUGGAAAAGCUUUUAACAUAUCCUCAAACCUUAAACGUCAUAUGGUAGUACACACUGGAGAGAGGCAUCAUAAAUGUUCCCAGUGUGGAAAAUCAUUUAGAACAUCCCAAGAUCUUCAUCGCCACAUGCUUACACACACUGGAGAGAAGCCUCAUAAAUGUGUCCAGUGUGGAAAAGGUUUUUCACGAAUUUCAAAUCUUAAUAAGCAUAUGAUAAUACACACUGGACAGAAGCCUCAUAAAUGUGCCCAGUGUGGAAAAGCAUUAUCAAAACGUUCAAAUCUUAAAAGCCACAUGCUAAUACACAGUGGAGAAAUGCCUCAUAAAUGUGUCCAGUGUGGAAAAGUUUUUUCAUUAAUGUCUAGUCUUAAACGUCAUAUGGCAGUACACACUGCAUCGUGACC